GUGAAAAUGCUGUAGGGGGUUCCAGUAGAUUUACUUUAAUUAAUCAUAAAUAGAGCAAAAAAGGAAUCGAUCUAUGAACAUGCUGUUAUGGUGACAACCAAAAUGGAUCGCAGUAAGACUUCUCAGAAAGGAAAGUGCUCUCAAUAGCAAUAGUCUAGCCUGGGAGAACCAAGAUGAACCUGCUGUAGUCUGUAGCUUUUUAGUAUGGAUGCUCUCCUGACACUCCUUGGUUUUCUUACUUUUGCAGUGAAGACAGGCACAGGGUCACAUUCCUUGGUGGUCUUUGCAACAUUCAUCAUUGGAGAUACGCAGUUCCCAGAGUUCAGCGCGGUUGUGAUGCUGGACGACAUCCAGCUGGGUUACUACGACUCAGAUGUGAGAACGUUUAUCUUGAGAGGAUUUAAGUCAGAGUCUGAGGAUGUUGUACUUCAGGAGGACGCCAGUGUGGUCUUUGGACACGUAAAUAGGGGCAUGAAAUAUAGAGCCUCAAACCUGAGACAGCGAUCCAACCACACGAGCGGCGUCAAUGUCCAGCAGAGAAUCACAGGGUGUGAGUUGCUGGAUGAUGACCAGCCUGGUCCAAUGGCAGUGAAGGAUGCCUUCAACGGGCAGACUGGAGACCAUCUGUCCUUCACCAACGACCAGCACAGCUUCUGGAGCCAGUGGCAGUGGCCGGCCAUGUGGGAUAAGCUGCAGUUCAGCCAGGUGAAGUGGCUAUAUGAGAACAUUUACCAACCCAUCUGUCUCAGGACCCUCAGGACAUACCUGAGGAAACAGAGGAAUCGCGUCAUGAGGAAAGUGAAGCCGAGAGUCAGGCUCCUCCAGAAGACACUCCCAGACUCUGGAGGGGCCAAAGUGACCUGCCUGGCCACUGGUUUCUACCCCCGUCACAUCAACCUGACCCUGCUCAGAGACGGCCAGCCUGUAUCUGACCACCAGAUCACUGGCGGAGAGCUGUUACCUAACGGAGACGAGACGUACCAGAUGAGGAAGAGCUUGGAGGUCAGCGCAGAGGAAUUACAGCAUCACCACUACACCUGCACAGCUGAACACCUCAGUUUGGACAACAAACUGGAUAUUGCUUUGGGGAGUGAAUGGGACUCAGCAACUACACCCAUAGUGUCCACUGCACUGGUGACUGUGUGUGUGUGCCUGGCUGGAGCUGCUACUGGGGUCUUUCUAUUGUGUAAGAGGAAAACAACAAAAGAUAAGGGAUCCCAGACUUCUCUGCAGAGUAACUACACAGCAACUCCAGGGAAGGACCCAAGAGAGACGUCUAGUGACACACAUUCUGAGCUGUCAUAACAUAUGGAUAACAGGAUCGUGGAACAUUCAUAGGAAAUGUUCACAGAGCUCACAACAAUAUGUCAACAGUCAUAACAACUACGAAAAACCAACAGAUCUCCAAUGGAGGAAAAUGUCCCUUGAACAAUCUCCCUUCUUUCCUCUGUAGAUUCACAGUUUCACAUCACAAAUCCUCACUGGUGCACACCCACAUAAGAGGAUUAUAUAGAUGUUAUUUUCUUAUUUUAGAUAGAAAACUACUAUAUUAUUUCAGAUUGUUAGAUUACAGUUUUUGCCCAUUGCUUGAACACUAUAGACACAUGCUUAGACCAAAGUAACAAAACUUGAAGCUUUUGUUACUAUACCUUAAACACAGUGUAACCAUACCUUAAACAAAAGCGCUGCACCUUUCUGCAACACAUUUGCUCCUGCCAGUUGGUGUAUAGUAACAUAAAUUAAUUUAUUGUGUGGCCCCCCAUGAGCGGAAUUCCACGAAACUUGGCAU